AUGAAUUUGUACGAACAUGAUCCCGAAAGAAAGAUUAUAAAUCGUGCUUAUGGCAUUGGCAUGAACAUAAACAGCAUCAUUGGGUCAGGAAUCGUUACUGCACCAGGAAUUAUUUGGAACUCAGUAAAGUCUCCAGGAAUCGUAUUAUUAUUAUGGUUAUUAGGUGGACUCGUAAGUAUGGCGGGGUCCAUGACUUAUGUUGAACUUGGUGUCAAACAUAAGAUAAGUGGAGGCGAAACAAAAUAUUUACAGACCGCUUACCCAAAACCAAGAAAAUGUAUAAGCUACCUUUUUAGUUUCAUGUACAUUUUUGCGAUUAAGCCAGGAAUUACAAGUGCAGUUUUACAAUCUGCUGCGCAAUAUUUUUGGUAUACUGUUAAUGGACAUCAAUUUGACAUUGAACAGGAUAAAAAUGGAUGGAAUCUUCCAUUUUCUCCGUUCUGGGUUAUAAAAUUCAUCGCGAUUGCAAUGUUGUUUGUUAUAACAGCAUAUCAUAUGAUUGAUAAUAGACUGGCAAAUCUUACAAACCAGUCACUCGCAGUUAUAAAAUUAGUCACAUAUUCAACUAUUGCCAUAGUUGGAAUUUUUAGAUUAUUUUUGGAUUGGGAAACAAGUCAACUCCACUGGCAAAAGCCAUUAGAUGGAAAUACAGACUUUACAGCUUAUACUUCUUCUAUUUUACUGAUUAUGUUCAGCUAUGAAGGAUGGAAUAAUUUGAAUUACUCACUGAAUGAAUUUAAAAAUGUUGAAAAGGGGCUCCUUUUCAGCAAUAGUAUCAGCGUUGUCAUUGUUACAUUAUUGUAUCUUCUUGUAAAUAUUGUAUUUAUGUCUGUCGUACCUAAAGAAGAUAUACUUAAUAAUGGAAAGAUGGAUCAAAUUAUAGCCGCAACCUUUUUUAAUAAAUUAUUUGGUGGAAAUGAAAUAAUAGUUAGAAUUUUCACAUUUCUAAUUGUGCUUUCUGUAAUUGGCACUGCUGCAUCAAAUGUUUGGAGUGGAUCAAGGGUUAUCGUUGCAACAGCAAGAUCAGGCUAUUUUUUGAAAUAUUCGCACCUUUUAAGAGAAUGGCAUCAAGGUUACGACACACCGGUUAAUGCUUUAUUAGCACAAUUCAUUUGGUGUUCAUUAAUUAUAUUAUUUGUUAGCAGUAGUUUUACUAUUACCAAUUUUGAAUUAUUUUCGUCUUUCUCAAUGUAUAGUUAUUGGAUCUUUUACUUUGCUACCGGAAUAGGGUUAUUGGUAAUUAGAAAGUAUAAAUUACUUGAACGUGAAAAUGGAUAUAAAGUUCCAUUACCUAUUGCUGGAAUUUUUAUAUUAGCAGGUUUUUAUAUACUGAUAUUUUCCUUUGCUAUUAACGUUCAAUGUCCAAAUAUUUUACCGCCUGCUUCAGACGAAUGUAGUGAAUAUUUAAAAGAACAAAGAGUUCAUAAAAUGUCGCCAUUCUUUACCAAUGAAAUUAAUGAAAGAAUGAAACGAAUGAUGGGAGAAUUUGAAAUUAAAGAGUCGAUAGAAAUUAAUGGAGAAGUUGAGAAAAUAAAUGAUGAAGAAUCUAUAAUAGGUGAAGCUAAGGUGCCGAAAGGAAAGCAGAAGAAAAAGGAUAAAAAGUUUACAAAUGAUAAAAACCCUGGGACUACUUCUGAAUAUUAUGCUGAACCAUCUGGAAAUAAUUUUACGGGUCAUUAA